AUGCAUCCCUCCUUUAAUAGCCCAUCUAGGAGACACAAUCCUUUCUCCCGGAGCUCUCCUUCGCCCUCUCCAGCUCCUCCAGAUGCCGGCCUCAGAGUGUCCGGCCGGCCAAAGUCGGUUACUUUUACAUCUCCUGUACAGACAUACGCUCCAGGCCAUUCACGGAACGCCUCGUUGACUCCAUUAAACCCUACACCUGUCAAUGGCAUAAACAGACAACGUUCAAACUCAGCCCGGCACACCUCCGAAUCCUCAAAUACCUUUGCUCCAAAAUUCAUAAAGUCAGAAGAGUUACGCAGAGGCGCAGAUCAGAUCAGAGGGGAAGAAGGCGAUAAUGACUUCUCCGGGAAAAGAUACGUGUGGCUGAAAGAUCCCGAAAGAGCAUUCAUUCGGGGCGCUGUUGUUCGAGAAACCGAGGACGGCCUUCUGGUUGUGCAAUGUGACGAUGGACGCCAGGUGGAAGUCGACCCGGAAAGUGUUGAUAAGGUUAACCCUCCAAAGUUCGAUAAGGCCGAUGACAUGGCCGAACUCACCCAUUUGAAUGAGGGCUCGGUUGUUCAUAAUCUACACACCCGGUACCAGUCUGACUUGAUUUACACUUACUCUGGGCUUUUCUUGGUGACUGUGAAUCCUUACUGCCCCUUGCCUAUAUAUUCGAACGAGUAUGUCAAAAUGUAUAAAGGCAAGAGCCGAGAAGAUACACGACCACAUAUAUUUGCAAUGGCAGAUGAGGCAUUUCGCAAUCUUGUAGAGGAGGGCGAGAACCAGAGUAUUCUUGUUACUGGUGAAUCCGGUGCUGGAAAGACAGAAAACACAAAAAAGGUCAUUCAGUAUCUAGCUGCAGUUGCCCCUGGUGACGCAACUCAAGCAAAGCUAUCAUCUAAGCAACUAGGUGAUCUCUCACAGCAAAUAUUGAGAGCUAAUCCCAUACUUGAAGCAUUCGGAAAUGCUCAAACUGUCCGAAACAACAAUUCGUCACGAUUCGGAAAGUUCAUUCGUAUUGAGUUUUCUCGCACCGGCCAGAUAUGUGGAGCAUUCAUUGAUUGGUAUCUGCUUGAAAAGUCCCGAGUUGUCAAACUCAACUCCCAGGAGCGGAGUUAUCACAUCUUUUAUCAGCUACUCCAUGGAGCUAGCAAAGAGUUGCGUGAACAGCUACAUCUCUCAGAUUUAGAUAUCCAGGACUUUGCAUACACAAGAGGCGGGAACGAUACCAUAGCCGGCGUAUCGGACGAAGAUGAGUGGGACUCCCUUAUCGAAGCCUUCGAUACGAUGAAGUUUGAAGAUGAAGACCAGCUUUCAAUAUUACGGACAAUUGCAGCUGUUCUACAUCUGGGGAACAUCACAGUCGGCAAGGAGAGUCUACGUGCGGACCAAGCUAAGCUCACCCAAGAUGAUACUGAAAGCGUGAGGCAUGCUUGCCAUCUCCUAGGUAUACCCCUCGAGCCUUUCGUCAAGGGACUUCUGCAUCCUCGGGUAAAAGCUGGACGAGAAUGGGUUGAAAAGGUACAAACACCUGAGCAAGUUCGUUUCGCGAUAGACUCUCUAGCAAAAGGUAUAUACGAGCGAGGCUUUGGCGACCUAGUCAAUAGGAUCAAUCACCAGUUGGAUCGUAGCAGGAUUAGCUGCGAAGAGAGCUACUUCAUCGGUGUCCUUGAUAUAGCGGGUUUCGAGAUAUUUGGCACGAAUAGCUUCGAACAACUGUGUAUCAAUUACACAAAUGAAAAACUGCAGCAGUUUUUUAACCACCAUAUGUUUGUUCUGGAACAGGAAGAAUACUCCAGGGAGCAAAUUGAAUGGCAAUUCAUCGAUUUUGGCAAAGACCUUCAACCGACGAUCGACCUUAUUGAGUUAUCCAAUCCAAUCGGUAUAUUCUCAUGUCUUGACGAGGAUUCAGUGAUGCCAAAGGCGACAGACAAAACCUUUACAGAAAAACUUCACUCUUUAUGGGACCGAAAAUCUCCAAAAUAUCGAGCCUCACGACUCAGCCAGGGUUUCAUUCUCACUCAUUAUGCUGCGGAGGUAGAAUAUAACACUGAAAAUUGGCUGGAAAAGAACAAAGAUCCUCUCAACGACAACGUAACACGACUACUGUCAAAGUCCAAUGACCCGCAUGUUGCGAAUUUAUUCGCCGAUUAUGCUGAUGAUGUAUCCAGCGGAACCAGGAGUGUCGUCAAAAAAGGGCUUUUCCGAACUGUGGCACAGAGGCACAAGGAGCAGUUAUCAAGCUUGAUGGCUCAGCUUCAUUCAACACAUCCCCAUUUCGUCCGCUGCAUUUUACCAAAUAACAAGAAACGACCAAAGCUCUUCAAUGGACCACUUGUUUUAGACCAACUACGAUGCAAUGGUGUGCUUGAAGGCAUUCGAAUUGCCCGAACUGGAUUCCCUAAUCGGUUAACGUUCAACGAAUUUCGCCAACGUUAUGAAGUGCUCUGUCGCGGGAUGCCCAAGGGCUACCUGGAUGGCCAGGUGGCAGUGACUUAUAUGGUUGAAAAGCUGGGGCUUGACAAAUCUCUAUUCAGAGUCGGUUUAACAAAAAUCUUUUUCAGGGCCGGGGUGCUGGCGGAAUUGGAAGAACAACGUGAUACCCUAAUUCGUGAAAUCAUGAAGCAAUUCCAGUCGUUGGCUCGUGGCUUUAUUCAAAGACAUAUUGCAAACAAACGGCUGUACCGCGCGGAGGCUACUCGAAUCAUCCAGCGGAACUUUCACCUCUACCUUAACUUGAAGUCAUCCCCUUGGUGGAGGCUGUUUGCGACAAUGAAGCCCCUUCUCGGAGAGACUCGCACAGCCGGAGAAGUCAAGAAGCGUGACGAGAAAAUCCAGCAACUUGAAGCAAAGGCUCAGCAGGAUAUCGCCGAGAGACAGAGGAUAGAAGAAGAUAGGCGCAAGAUAGAGGCGGAGAUGCAUCGAGUCAGGAAAACUCUAGAAAGUGAACGUUCCCUUGCAUUGGAUAAGGAGGAGAUAUUUAAGCGGCUGCAACUCAGAGAAGUUGAACUCAGCGACAAACUGGCUGGAGCAAUCGCCGACCAGGAAAGUCUAGAAGAUCAGUUGGACGAACUGAUUGCUGCAAAAAAGAAGAUUGAACAUGAGCUAGACCUACGAAGGGGCCAACUUGAACAGGCUGCGCAAAUAAUGGAGAGGCUUGAGGGUGAAAAGAAGGAACUACAAGAACGCAUUUCUGAUAUGGAAAAGCAGCUGAAAUCUGUCGAAACAACGCACAGCGAAUAUGAUGAAAAGAUUGAGGCCCUGAAUCAGGAGAUCAACACCCUCAACAGCCACCUUAACUUAAAAGACAAAAAGCUCCAGGAUCUAGAGGCAAAACUCCUGUCUUCCGACCAACAGCUUGACCUUGAAUUGGCACACACCACAAAAGAGCUAGAAGCAUCUAAAAAGCAGAUUAAGCAACUACUGGAGGAUAACCGUGAAAUCCAGAGGCAGAUAGCUGAUUUGUCAUCAACGUCUACGGGCUAUGAGGAAUUAGUCCGACGCAAAGAGGGCGAGGUCGCAAUUCUCAAAGCUGAUUUGAAAAAGCAUGAAUUCGAGAAACGAAGCCUUGAAACAGAAAAAAGGGGGCUCUCGGACCGACAUGAUGACAUGCAGCGGAGAAUACGUGAUCUACAAGCUGAAAUAGAUACCACGAAACUUGAGAAGUCAAACUUCGAACGUGAAGCUCAUGAUGCUAGGAAGCUCCUUGAAGAGAAGCUGUCCGAGGAUGCGGAAUCCGCCCAGGGUAGAAAGAUGCUAGACAAGCAAGUCCAAGACCUCAAGGCCCAACUGUAUCAAACUCAAGCAGAGCUCAGCCGUGUUCAACAGUCGAGAGAUGACGUUCAGAUGCUCUCAGAGCACAAAUUUGCACAGCUAAAAGAGGAGUUUGAAAUUCUUAAUGAAGCUAAAAUAACCAUUGAGAAGGAGAUGUAUAUCCAGCAAGAUACUCUUCGCAGGGCAAAGGAAGCUCGAGCAGCUGCAGAGGAGUCUCGCAAGCAACUCCAAGGCGAGGUUAUUAAACUACGAGACCGAAUUACAAAAAUAGAGGAAUCUCGCCUGAGUGCGGAGAAUACAUUCGCAAAUAAAAUGACUGCACAGGCAACUGAAAGAUUGGCUAAACUUCAGGCCGAGCUAAACGAAAAAUCUAAGGCACUCAAUGAUGCUGAGGCCGGGCAUGCUCGUCUUAGCUCACAAGUUCAAAGCCUGAGCAACCUAAUUGCGGAGUCCGAGAACUUCCGUACCCUAAAUGACCAGCAUAAAGAGCGGCUGGAGAGAGAACUCGUCACCGUCAAGGGAAGGCUCGCUGCAUCCGAGAAUGACAACAGGGCUCUUUUGAACAAAGUCCAACAAAAGAAUCUCGAUAUUGCACGCUCUAAUUCUAGGGCCGGCGAUACCCAAAGAGCUAGGUUGGCACAGCUUCAAACCGAAAAGACUCGUUUAGAAGAGUCAAACAAACAGCUUACUCGCCAGCUCGGAGAUGCUCAGUUAUCGAUAACUUCACUGGAGAAACAAAAGGAGAAACUUGCUUUGAGCACGGAGGACUUGAACCACGAAGUUGCGCGUGAGCACAAAGCUAGCCGUAAUGCAGAGAAAACUGCUGCCACAGCACAGUUGCAGUUAGCAGAAGCAAACAGGAAUCUCGAGACAGAACGGCAGCUUAAAACCCAGGCACAAGCGAAUACCAGAAAGCUUCAGGCGUCAGUGGAUCGGAUGAACUCGGAGCUAGAAGAUUGCCAUCAACAGCUGAUAUUGCUCCAUAAAGUAUUUGAUCCUGAUACAUCGCCCGCUGAAAAGUCCUGGGAGACAAUAAAGCCCGACCUGUCGAAGAAAAUCGAUAUGGCUGCUCUGUUAGAAACUGCGCACAAUGACCUUCGGAUCAGCGAAGAGAAACGUUCGAGAGCAGAAAAUCAAUUAAACGAGAUGCGACGCCGGCACGCAGAUGAAAUGAAUGAGCUUGAUGCUCGCUAUUCCUCGUCGAAGCGUGCUCUCCUCGAAGAAAUUGAUCAAAACCAGGUAGCCAACACGAGGUCUCCUGGGCACUUCAGGAAGAAUUCAGAGCCUAAUAAGCGGUUUUCCAACCCUUCAACCCCCAACCGUCGAUAUAACAAUUUCAUGGAUGGGGUAGGUGAUUCCGGGCGGUCAGAUCGAACUGUUGACACUGUUGCAUUCCAGAAACGGAUGGAUCAAGCCGCAGAAAUAGAGAGCCUUCAGAAUCAACUGCAACUGGCUGAAAUGCACAAUCGUCACCUCCAGAGCCAGGUUGAUAGGGCUACCCCAGCCCGAGACAUGUGGCAAGACGAGAGUCCAUCUAUCCGACGAAUGCAGAUCCUCGAACGUGAAAAUGGUCGUCUCCAUGAGAAACUUGACGAUUCUGCUAAGAAGGUUUCCGCCUUGGAAAAAAGUAUUCAAUCCGGCGAGUUGAGUCUUCGCGAUGUACAGGCGAAAUCUCAUGAAGAAUUGUAUGACCUUCUUAGCUCUCAGGAGCAGUCCCGACGAUCUCUCCUCCAAGUACAUAAGUCCGCACUAGCCGAUCUCACUCAUGCAAAGACAGAAUUUGAAAAGCUCAAGCAUGCAAGAGCUUCUAUGGAAGUUGAGCUACGGGACACCAGGUCAGAACUUCAAGAGUUACAACUUGCACGAGACCAUGACGCUGCUAGCCGAAGCCAACUACUCCAAGAGUUCUCGGAUCUUCAAAUCAGAUUGGAUGCUGAAACAUCUAAAGCUAUUGAUGCUGAUUCCAGUCUGAGCCUCUACAAGAGCCGCGCCAAUGAAUACUUCAGCAAGUUGGAACAGGCAGAAAUUGCUGUUUUGAAAGCUACCCGCGCCGAACAGUUUGCCAAAGCACAAGCCAAGGAGGCAGAAGAAACCUGCGCUAAUAUCAUGGCCGAAAGGAAACAAACCGAUAACCUCAUUGAAGAUCUGCAGCGGCAGGCACAGUCUCAUGAAGAAAGGGUCGAGGACCUUUCAGCUGACCUUGAGGCAGCAUUACAAGCGAAGAAGCGUCUCCAACACGAGCUAGAAGACUACCGAAGCCAGCGGGCUAUGGAUAUCGAGGACAAGGAAGCUUCCAUGGAGCAAACGAGAAAGAAGUACCAAAUGGAAUGCUCGACCCUUACGAGCGAGUUGGAGGUAGAGCGUGAAAAUGUGCUUCAUAUCCGAGGCGAGAAUGCCCGCUUGAAGGAGGAACUUGAGGAACUUCGAUCCAAGUGGGAUGACGAAGUUCUCAAUAGCUCAACCUGGUCCAAGGAGAAAUCUAGAAUAGAAAUGACCCUACAAGAUAUCACAACCUCCCGAGAUGAUGCCGUCAAGGCUCAUAAUGAAGCUCAGGGCAAGGUAGUUACUUUAUUGAACCAAGUUCGCACCCUUCGCACUUCCGUUGAUGAUAUCUCAGCCGAGCGUGAUAUGCUCCUCAAGGAGAAACGCGGCCUCGAAUCCAGGCUUGCUGAAGCAGGUGACCGCUUGGAGGACCUGGCCAAGGGCGAAAGUCCCAUGCGAAACGCUGCUGGUAUGGACCGCGAGAUUCUUGAGCUAAAGUCCCAGCUUGCCCAGCAAGAGGACCUUGCCUCCGCUGCCGUUGGUAAGAUGCGAAGGGCGGAAGCUCUUGCUACGGAAGUCCAAAAGGAAAUUGUAGCUCAGCGAGAGUCAACAGCCCAGCUCUUCAAGGAUAAAGCUGCGCUUGAAAAGCAAUUCAAGGAGGUUCAACUUCGAUGUGUGGACCUUGAAACGAAAGGAUACUCAUCCUCGAGCCAGGAUGUCAGGUUCCUCAAUAAACGAAUCCAGGAGCUUGAAACUCAGUUAGAAGAACAGGAGUCGAAACGUAAUGCUGAGCAGAAGUCUGUCCGCAAUGUCGAUAGAACAGUGAAAGACCUCCAGACCCAGAUCGAGAGGCGAGAAAAGGUUAAUAGCCAACUCACGGAGGACAUUGGAAAAUCGCGAGAUAGAAUUGAGAGACUUCUUCAAACGAUUGAGGAGCUCCAAACUAGCGACUCCGAGAACCAACUCCAGGCUCGUCGCGCAGAACGUGAGCUCCGCGAAGAACGUGAAAAAUCACUUCGUCUUGAAAGGGAAUUAGAAGGGUGGAAGUCACUCCGCCUAGAAAGGGGCAGUGUUAAAGGGCCUGGCUAUGGAGGAGUGAGCGAUAUGGGUGACAGGUAUAGUCGUCGAGGAAGCGGUGUAUAUGUCGGUUCAGGUAUCGAGCUCCCACAACGCAAAAUGAGCAACAGCAAAGGGUUCUUGUAA